GCGCUGGCGAUUGGUUCGGUGGUUUUGGAGACGCUCGCGUUCGCUCAUGGCGCGGUUCGUGGGUUCGUGCGGAUCUCUUUGAUACCGUUGAUACACGCGAAAAUCAUAGGACGGAUCGUGCUGGCGGAGGAACGUACGCGCGCCGUUCUCGAGUUUAGAAUUCGGCUCGCCAGCGGAACUGGAAAGUAUGUCGAAUUGGCGAUCGAGUCACGCGGCGGAGCGACGGGACGCGCAUAAGAACAACAGGGAAAACCGGCGCGACAGGAAUAACGAGGCGCACAGGGACAGAUCGCAGCGAAGCAGGGAGCGCGAUCACAGGGGCGGCAGACGCGACCACUCGAGGAGGGAGGACGACAAACAGGGGGAGAAGAGGAAGCACGAGAGAUCGCCGUUGAGGCGGGAGAACAGUCAUCCCAGGCACAGGGAGCGUGGCGAGAGGAGUAGAAGCAGAGACAGAAGGGACGAGUCGAGGAGGCGGAAUGAUCAGCACAGGCAGAAGCGGAGUCCGGAGGAGAUGCGGUCGAAGAGGGAAUCCUCCACGGAGUGGGGCAAGUCAGCCGGGAAGGAGGACAAGGAGAAGGAGAAGCCCAACUUCGAGCUGUCGGGGAAGCUGACCGAGGACAUGAACACCGUCAACGGAGUUGUCGUCAAGUACUCCGAGCCGGAAGACGCCAAGAAACCCAAGCGCCGGUGGCGAUUGUAUCCCUUCAAGGGCGAGAAGGCGCUGCCCACGUUGUACAUACAUCGGCAGUCGGCGUAUCUCAUGGGCAGAGAUCGCAAGGUGGCCGACAUACCCCUGGACCAUCCCUCGUGUUCCAAGCAGCACGCCGCUCUGCAGUAUCGUGUAGUCUCUUACCAAAAGGAAGGCGGCAUCGAGGGCAGAAGGAUACGGCCGUAUAUUAUUGACCUGGAGUCCGCGAACGGCACCUUUGUAAAUAAUAUCAAAUUAGAACCGAGGAGGUAUCACGAAUUAUUAGAGAAGGACGUGGUGCGGUUUGGCUUCAGCACCAGGGAAUACGUUCUGUUGCACGAACACAGCAAGGACGACUCCUUCGACGACGAUGUACCACUUACGAAUGCGACUUAGGAAAUCUCUUAUUCCGGUAGGAAAUGAAUAUCCAGAAAGAUGAAUAUGCACGAAGACUGACACAGAAAUCAAGCUGUGAAAAUCAAGAGUAACAAGACAGUCUAUGGAGAGGAAAAUCCAGUAUACAUAUAUGUAGAUACAAAGUUUUAUUCAUAAUCUUUCUUGAACUCUCGGAACUGUUUAAACGCAUAUUAGUAUUAUACAUGUAUAAAAUAGGAUUUUUUUAAAAUCGUGAGUCUCUGAAAUAUAUUUUGCAAGUCCAAAAUUUAUUUAGUCACCGCAAGAAAAGGAGAAUAAUACCUCAUUUCUCUUUUGUACAUUUUUCUGUGGCGUUUAUUUAGUGCCCUUGUAGAGUUUGAAAUGUAUCGCGUAUGUAACUCGUGUAGGUAAAAAAUAAAUCUCGAAUGUAUUAUUUGUAA